AUGUCUUCCGUGGAGCGGGGUUAGGCUCUAUGGGGAACUUCGGCGCUGUAGUGCUUGUAAGCUCGGGUCAAGCCAGCCCGGCAGGACCGGGUUCCGGCGGGUCCAGACGCAGCAUUGCCAUGCCGUCAUAGGCCGGCAUCCCUGUCGGCGGUUCGUAGCUUCGACUUUUGACGUUUGACUCAACCGCACCACAGAAAGAACAACACGGGGGCCUAACCCCGUUCAGUCACAAUGUGUUAUUCGAUAUAGUACGGGUAGUCGAGAAUGGCCGGUCCUUGUCUCCGACAUACCACUCUUUAAGCAGGUAUCUUUUCUUCCGCGGGUUCCAGCAUUUAGCUUCACCGAAGGAAAACAAGCGGGGACACACACAGAGCGAAAGACAUCCGACGUCGCAAUGUCUGAUGGCUCCCGCACGGCGCUUUCGAAGUCGACCUUCCACUUCGCCGCGGGGCUCGGUUCCGGAGUGCUCUCGGCCGUCCUUCUCCAACCCAUCGACCUCCUCAAGACCCGCGUCCAACAAUCUGGCGCCCACUCCCUAGCGGCCGCCAUCGCCGACAUCCGCGCAGCCCCGCGCCUCCUGCCCGCCCUCUGGCGCGGCGCCGUCCCCUCGGCCCUCCGCACCGGCUUCGGCUCAGCCAUCUACUUCACCUCGCUCAACGCAAUCCGCCAAAGCGCAGCCCGCAUCACCCCCUCUUCAGGCGGAAAGAACAAUGCCUCCUCCUCCUCCUCCUCCUCCCUCCCUAAGCUCUCCAACACUAGCAACCUGCUAGCCGGCGCCACGGCUCGGUCCUUCGCAGGGCUCAUCCUCAUGCCGCUGACCGUGCUGAAGGUGCGGUACGAGAGCACACUCUACCGCUACACUUCCCUGGCGUCCGCAGCGCGGGACAUUGCCGCCAAGGAAGGGCUGCGCGGCUUUUUCGCCGGGUAUGGCGCGACGGCAAUCCGCGAUGCGCCCUACGCGGGGCUGUACGUGCUGUUCUACGAGCAGAGCAAGAAGAGGCUGGGCGCUCUGUUCCCUGCCUCUCCACCACCACCAUCACCAUCACCACCAUCAUCAUCACCAUCAUCGCUCGGGCAUUCCGGACGACGAGGAGGAGGAGGAGGGGGAGCAGAAGAGGGUGGAGGGAGGAUGGCGCUCUCCCACGCCGCAUGCAUCAACUUUGCGUCGGGCGUGUUCUCGGGCGUGGUCUGCAGCGUGAUCUCGAACCCGUUCGACGCGGUCAAGACGCGCAUCCAGCUGCAGCCCGAACAGUACCGGAACAUGGUGCAGGGCGCGAGGCGGAUGGUUGGCGAGGAAGGGUUCAGGGCGCUGUGGGAUGGGCUAGCGCUGCGUAUGAGCCGCAAAGCGGUCAGCUCCGCGCUGGCAUGGACCGUCUACGAGGAAUUAAUAAGGCGGGCCGAGGGGAGUUGGAGCGGAGGCCAGGUCAAGGCGAGGAAUACUCUAUGA